AGCUCCAAGAACAAUGCUGUUGUCUCAAGCAUUUCCCUCGAAUCCUCUCUGCCAGGAGCUAUUCCUGCCAAGAACCAAGCACAAGCGAUCGUCGAUGAUCAUCCAAGCCGGGGGAUGGACGGGCAAAUCAUCCGGCGAGCCCGGCAAGAAUCGCAAAUCCUGGAAGCGCGCAACGGAGAAGUACAUGAGGCCCUUCUCGAUCGAUGUCUACAUCUCCGCGCGCUACGUGAACGCCAAGAUCGUCCACCGCGUGACGAGCAAGACGGUGGCCGUGGCGACGACCAACGCCAAGGAUCUGAGAGCUUCGCUGCCAUCGCUCACCAGCGCCAGCGCCUGCGAGGUGAUCGGCAAGCUCAUCGCGGAGAGGGCAAUGGAGGCGGAUGUGUACGCUGUGACGUAUGUGCCCAGGAAGAAUGAGAGGCUGCAAGAGAAGCUUGAGAUCGUGCUCAACACUGUCAAGGAGAAUGGCGUCGCUGUGCUCUGAUCGCAAGUGCCGUUGGAGAUUUGCCCGUGGAUGCCUGGAAUCGAUCGAUCGAUAAGAAGAACAGGAGAUUCCCAGACCGGGCAUCUUGCCAUGUGAUGAUUUGGGGGCAAAGGAGAGAGCCGAUGCUUUCUGGAAAGAAGUGAUGGAUGAUUUUGAGAUUUAUGGAGAGAGAGAAUGGCCAACGAUGUGUUGAUCGUCCUCGUCGCCUGGGGGAUUCUUUUUUGCGAAGACCAAGAAGCGCUCGAUUCCUGCAUGGCAAUGCUGUGAAAAUUUCCCUAGAUUUGAGAGCGAUCCAGGAGUUCUACCUCAGAUAACAGUACCAGUGAUGCCGUGAUCCAAAAAAUCGACGCUCUUGAUCACAAAAUACCUCUCUCCACCUCUCGAUCGAUCCGAUCUAGAUGCUGUAAUAUCGGAAUGGGCAUGUUCUUCCGCCGCUCCCGACACGCUGGAUCUUCUUUUGCUUCAGCAGCCUGGAAAGACGAGGAGAUCCAUCAAGAACGCGAGAAGAUCGAAAGAAGAGAGGGGAGAAUGGUUUACAGCCGAAGCGCCUUGCUGGUGUCGGGAUUAUUGCCGAGAAGCUCCCGGAUGAUCUUCUCGGUGGGGAGCAAGUCCUCGCUGUCCGAUAGAACCCCAAGAACCACGGCGGCCGUCCGCUGGAUGCGAGUAGCAUCCCUCGCCCUGGGAGCGCGCCGCUUCUUGUGGAGGUGGAUCGCGGCGGCCAGGCUCGGCGAAUUCAGAGCGCAUGCAACCGCGGCAAGACGGAGCAGAUUCUCGCAAUUUUCCCUGCGACCGGGCAGCUGUGGAGGCGGAUCCCUGCGAAUGCCGGCGUUGCCGCUGAGGAAGAGCGCCAGUUCUUGAUCCGCCAUCGCCGCCAUCGCCACAAGCUCGCUGGAGAGCUCGAAACAAAACCUCGACAGAAUUUGAAUUUAAAUUUGGGCGGGCUGCCGGCCUGCGGAUGCCAUAGAAUAUGCCUCUCUUUUCCUUCUCGAGCUCGGGCGCGCGGUACGAUGCACAAGACUUUUCGAUCCCGCGCGGUAUAAUGGCGGUAGACGGGCAGUGCCGCACGGUACGAAGCACAAGAGAAGAAGAUGUACUAAGAAGGAACGAUUUUUAAGAGCUCGAUAUCAAACAAAAGAGUCUUGUCUAUGA